AUGGAGUCAUCGGGCGAGAAGCCUGGUAGUCCACGGCCUCAGCCGGCUUCUGAUGAGGAUUCUGGGACUCUGAAGUACCAGUUACUCGGUCCAUCUCUGACAAAAGCGGGCCAGGACUCAGUUGAUCAACAAAAGGUAUCGGAAAUUAUCUACAACGCGUCAAAGGGCUCUAAGUUCUUUAAUCGUGAACAAGAUCGAGAUCGGAAUCUAACGCUCAAGAUCGAGCGAAUCUUAAAAGAAAAGGCACGGUUGGAACGAUUAGACCUGAGUCAUGAACUACGACGUGCAGAUGAAUACCUUGCUGAGCUUGAACUGAGCCGGGAUCUCUCUCAACAUGUCAUCCAUGUGGACUGUGACGCAUUCUUCGCCGCCGUCGAGGAACUGGAUCGACCUGAGUUAAAGACAGUGCCUAUGGCGGUGGGCAAGGGCGUUUUGACAACCUGCAACUACCUGGCGAGGAAGUUUGGAGUGAGGAGUGGCAUGGCUUCGUUCGUCGCGAAAAGGCUCUGCCCACAACUCGUGCUCAUACCGCAGAACUACGAAAAAUACACCGCCAAGGCCAAGGAAAUCAGGGCUAUCAUGGCUGAAUACGACCCUCUCUUCGAGAGUGCGAGUAUUGAUGAAGCCUAUUUGAACAUCACAGCAUAUUGCGACGAAAAUCAGUUAGAGCCCGAGCAAGCUGUGCAGCGGAUGCGUGCGGAGAUAUUGGAAACAACCAAGGUUUCCGUUUCCGCCGGAAUUGCUGCCAAUGCAAAAAUCGCAAAGAUUUCCUCAAAUCUCAACAAGCCGAAUGGGCAGUUUCAAGUCCCCAAUGAUCGCCAGGCUAUCAUGGAAUUCAUGCGUGACCUCCCGGUCCGCAAAGUCAAUGGGGUUGGCCGGGUAUUCGAGCGGGAGUUAGAAUCAAUAGGCGUGAAGACGUGUGGUGAUAUUUACCCACAUCGUGCUUUGUUGACCAAGCUCUUUGGCGAGAAAGCUUUCCAGUUCCUGGCACAGUGCUAUCUUGGGCUUGGACGCACGAAGAUCGAGCCCAUUGAGACGCAUGAACGCAAAAGCGUGAGUACGGAGACUACGUUUCAUGAAAUUGGAGACAAAGAGGAACUUCGAGCAAAACUCUGGUGGGCGUCGCAGGAACUUGAAAAGGACCUAGCUCGGACCCAGUUCAAAGGCCGCACUCUUGCCCUAAAAGUUAAACUACAUACCUUCGAAGUGUUAAGUCGCCAGACAGUUCCAUCCCGAGCUGUCUGUCUAGCAAAGGACUUGUACUCCUUUGCUUUACCAAUGCUUGUAAAGCUCGAGAAGGAUAUUCCAAACAUGAAGCUACGGCUUCUUGGGCUGCGUUGCUCGAAUCUGGUUAGCACCCAGAAAGUCGGCAUCAAUUUUUUCGGCGUAGCGAACCAACUUAAACCCGCGCCUGAGCCUACCUCUCAAUCCACUCCUACAACGGCUUCGGGUGGAAAUGCCGAUCACGAGAUUUGUGCGGAGGAGGCUUUUGAGGCCGCGGCCCGCCAAGAAGUCCAAGACGAAAUGAACGAUUUAGAGCAGUUGAGUCAAGAAACACUCGAGUCUUCUGUGGUUCGCAAGCCAGCGGCCUCCGCGGCUCCAGAGGUAGUUUCAGAACCUCCUAUGUGGGAUUGUCCCAUAUGCACACGGCCACAGCCUGCCGACGACCGAACAUUCAAUGUCCAUGUGGACUUCUGUCUCUCUAAGCAAACAAUCCGGGAAGUGGUGCAGGACACCUCAGAAACAACAUCCUUGAUACCCCAUAGUACCAGAAAAAGGAAAACACCAUCCCAGCCUGGCGUUUCUGAAACGGACCCAAAACAAAAGCGGCUCUUUUUUCAGUGA